AUGGUGGUCCAAGUCACCGUCUCGCGGUGUAGGAUCGCCGCCGAAUUUCUUAUUUCACAGAGGACUCAUUUCCAGAGCAUCUCUCAUUCGAGUCUCGUGGUGCUUGCAAGGAACUUCUCCUGUGAACGUAUGCCUUCCUCCACACCACAGUCCCUCUACAGAGGUUCCAUGAAGUAUUCACGUUGUGUGAGAAUGCCGUUGACCUCACAGUUCUCCAACAGGAACUCAUUCAUGCUUGGCGUAACAGGACUGGUGUCGUCCAGGGAUUUCCUUCGGUUAGCCAGCAGCGAUGCCUCUGGAAGCAUAGAGACAUCAGUUGAAUCUGUGGGGUAUAUCCCACCACCCCCUUCGGUGCCAGUAGAAAUCCCCUCAUCUGAUGGAGUGCUGCAAUCCCUAAAUGCUCUUGGAGAACCUACUCUUCAAAGUUUAGGACUUGGUUCGAAUGUACCAUCUGGGAUUGCUCAGCAAGCAUUUGAGUUCCUCCAUGUCCAGUUCCAUGAACCUUGGUGGAUGGCAAUAGCUUUCGGGACUUUCUUGAUCCGUGUUUUCCUGUUCCCUCUUGUGAUCAUGGCACAGAGGAAUGCUGCCAUCAUGAAUAAUAACAUGCCUCAGCUUCAGCUGUUACAGCUCAAGAUGUCUGAGGCCCGACAGAUGGGGAAUACACUUGAAGAUUGCUUGAGAGAAAAAAUGCUUGAUCAGGGUACAGUGGGAGCUGAAGGUUCAUUGGCAAAUCCUCAGAUGCAAAUGGCACGAUAUUUGCUUCGAGCCAUGCCCAUCAUCAUUUUCCCAUUCACAAUCAACUUCCCUGGGGCAAUCCUGGUGUACUGGGUGAGCACGAACUUCAUCUCCCUGGCUCAAGUGCUGUUCCUGAGGAUCCCUGGCAUCCGGGAUUACUGUCGAAUCCCUCGUCUCAAGCGAUAUGACCCAGAUUCCAUGCCUGUGAAGAAGAAAGGCUUCACUGAAGGAGUCAGUGAUGCAUGGACCAACAUGAAGAUUGCAAAAGAACUUGAAGACAGAAGGCAAGUGGAUGAGAUCCAGUUCAAGAAAGCUGGGACAGGGGCCAUCAAGAAGACCUACUCUUAUGACCCAACAAAACAAGAUAAGAGAAGUUAUUAUGAGAAUAGCAGUGUGGGCGCGGCCGCCGAAUGGGAUUACGUGUUCUCCGUGUACGUUAUGACCAUGGUGGGGAAGGAAGCAGAAGAGCAAGUGAUACUUGCUACGGGGGGAUAUGACCACACAAUCCGUUUAUGGCAAGCGCAUACAGGUAGCUGCCUUAAGACAAUGCAGCAUCCUAACUCGGUGAGUUUCUGUGAAGAUGCCGUCGAUAUUAAGGCAGAUCUAGGCCUAUUACAGGUGAAUGCCCUGGAAAUCUCACCUGACAACCAGUUGCUUGCUGCAGCAGGAUACCAGCACAUCCGCAUGUAUGAUGUGGCUUCUGGAAAUGAUACUCCUGUUAUCAAUUAUGAAGGGGUGUCCAAGAACAUAACAGCAGUAGGGUUUCAGGAGAAUGGUCGGUGGAUGUUCACUGGUGGAGAAGACCAUACAGCCCGCAUCUGGGAUCUCAGGUCUCGUUCAUUUGAGUGCCAGCGGAUUUUCCAGUUGACUGCUCCUGUGAACUGUGCCUUCCUUCAUCCCAAUCAAGCUGCAUUGAUUGUGGGUGAUCAAAGUGGAGUCAUUCAUAUCUGGGAUCUCAAGACCAAUCAUUAUGAGCAGCUGGUCCCAGAACCAGAUGCAUCUGUGCAAUCAGUUUGUGUAUCUCCACGUGGAGACCUUAUGGCUGCAGUCAACAACAAGGGUAUUGCAUAUAUUUGGGCCUACAAGGUGGAAGGGCAGCUAGAACCCAAGAAGAAACUCAUUGCACAUGCUCGCUAUGCCCUUCAGUGCCAUUUCUCUCCUGAUGGAAUGUACCUGGUGACAACCUCUGCUGACCAGACAGCUAAGCUUUGGUCCUCUGAAGACUUCUCCCUUUUCCAGACACUGGCUGAUCCAGCUCAGCGCUGGGUUUGGGAUAUUGGGUUCAGUGCUGAUUCUCAAUACAUCUUCACUGCUUCAUCGGAUGCAACAGCUCGCCUCUGGCAAGUGGAAACAGGUGAGAUCAAACGAGAAUAUACAGGCCAUCAGAAGGCAGUCACUGCUAUUGCAUUCCGAGACGUCCUCAAGUAAUGCAUCCCUUCAUAUCCUGACCUGUGAUAUCAUUUCUCAUCUCUGCCUGUUUCAUUUUUGUUGUCAUGUCCAUGUGGAGCUUAUGAAUGAAAUUUUCUUAUUAUAAAAUGGCAG